UACGAGCAGCUGAGUAAACAUGGCGUCUGUCUUUGGAGGUGCUGAUUCCAUGUAGCAGUCUGUUAGCGGUGUCUCUGUCGCACCAGCGUCCCGAACACAGUGACGAGCUGGAGGCGACGCAUGAAGGCAUGAAGCGGAGACGGACAGGAGCGCGUAACUGAUGCUGCUUUUCUUGCCUCUCUCUGUGCAGAGUAUGAAUGGUCUGAUGCCUCCCGGACCUCCUGAUUGGCGCAAGAUAAUUGCUUUUGUUAACAGAGACUCUGAUUUGUGUUGCUGUCGAGGUGUUUCCUUUUAUUUUUUACUGACAAAUAUCAUGGCUGUUGUUUGAUAGACUCUCUUCUGCAGUGGUGCAGCAGCAUUUUGGGCCCACUCUGCUCUGGGACCCCCUUUUACAUUUCUAAUUUUUGUGUGUGGACCUUCUUCAUCUCUGGACCCUUAGAAUCUCCAGCUCUUUUAACCUCACAAACAAUUGUGCAGCAGGAUGGUCCAUCCGACUGCACUACAUGUGGUAGCCCUCCACCACUGUGCUCCUACAGAUGGUUCAUGACUGUUAGUCGUCCUGCACUGUGCGUUGUGUCUCUCAUGCCUUGCUCACCAACACCACUAUGAUAGGCUCACCUGACGUGGUGGCGUUCACUAAAGAGGACGAAUAUGGGCAGACAACUCCCGACCCCUGGUCUCUCCCUGAGGAGUUCUCUGUUCCUCUCCAUCCACUGGCCGACUCAAACCCCUGGGCCAAGACGUCCUACGCCAAGUUCACCAAAGACUUCAUCCUCAUCUCUGAGUUCUCUGAGCAGGUGGGCCCUCAGCCUCUCCUCACCAUCCCAGACGAGCCCAAAGUCUGCGGCACCUUCGAUCUCAACUACUUCUCCCUGCGCAUCAUGUCGGUGGACUACCAGGCCUCUUUUGUGGGACAUCCACCCGGCACUGGCUACCCUAGGCUCAGUUUUGUGGAGGACUCGAGGGUGGUGCUGGGUGACUCAAAGGAGGGGGCGUUCGCCUACGUCCAUCACCUUACCCUUUACGACCUGGAGGCGAGGGGCUUCGUGCGACCCUUCUGUAUGGCGUACGUGUCGGCAGACGAAAGGAAAAUCAUGCUGCAGUUUCAGGAGCUGUCUCUCCGCUUCUCACAGGCCUCUGAGUGUCUGAAGGCUGGGAACAGGAGAGCGUUUGCCAAGGAACUCCAGAGGAAGCUCCGAGACCUGGAGUACACUCACUCCGUGCUGCAGCGGGAGGAGGGCCUGCAGAGAGAGGCGGGGCCUCAGUGCAUGUACUCCGCUCACGCUGUAGAGAAGGCCAACGAGCUGGCAAACGUGGAAAAGAGCAUCUAUGAACACAGAGACCUGCUGAGACAGAUCAGCUCCUACCAUCACCGUCCACGCAGAGACCCUCAAGCUGUCAGCUGCCAGAAGUGUGUCACCGAAUGCUUGAGUGAGUGUGAGCAGCUGCUGGAAAAAUACGCCAAGCUCGCCAAACCCUUCAGUUACACCGACACACGGGAGAAGAGGGAGGAAGGGCAGGGUCAGGUUGACGAUAAAGGAGGUGGUGGAGAAGCAGACGAAGAGGAAGACGAGGGCGUGAAGCGCAGGCCGUCCUACACGCCGCAGUUGAUCAAAGCUAAGUCUGCAAAGUGCUUUGACAAGCGCCUGAAGACUCUGCAGGAGCUGUGUGAGGUUUCUUUCUACGAGGCCACCGUGGCGCUCUUGAAGGAGACGGAGAGGAGUUUCCGGGGCGACCUGUGUUACCUGUACACACGCCGCCUGGACAGGGCGCUGCGCAGGAAACAGAGAGUUACCAACUUCCUGUUUGAGGAGGACCUUGGAGAUGAUGAUGAGGAUGAAGGGGGAACACUAAGACCAUUCUGUGCUGUGAACCAUGCUGUAGAUAACUUAACAUUCUUAAAUCCACCUCCUAUUGUGCUAGGACCAGAACCUCUAGAGCUUGAUGCUCUGGAGGUUCCAGAUCCUCUAGACCCAGCCUCUGAGACCAGCCACACUCAGGAGAGUGAGCUUGGGCUUGUGGAGAGCCAUCUGGAGUCCUCCCCCUCAGACCAGACCCUGGAGACCCAGGGGAGCUCGGAGGAGACCAAAGGAAGCUUUAGCAGCGAUAAGAGCGGGACGGGUCCAGCAGAGAGGCAACAGAAUCCGGCUUGUAUGAAGUCAGAAGCCCCUGAUCCUGAUUCUGACUUGACCCCUGACCCUGACCAUAACACUGACCUGGAUAGGGAGAGCAGCAGUGAAGAGAUGGAGACUACUGCUGGGGAGGAUGAGGGAGACGGGACACCGGUGUCCUUGCUGGAGGUGGUGUCUGAGCUGGAGGCCAGCAGAGAGGACGAGUGUGAUGGAGUAACUGAUGGGGCUUGUGAGAGGCAGUCUGACUUGUUGGUUCCUCUGGACACAGCGUGCUGUAUGUCCCAAGAUGGUUUCCUUUACGAGGCUUCUGCCCCAGAGGUGGUGCCUCGUCUUGGCCAAAGCUCCCACCAACAGCCCUGUGAACCUCCGGUGGUCAACCAGGAGCCCCAGGCCCUGCUCCAUCUCCAGGACGACUACGCGGUGGGUUCUCCAGGCUCAGAGAGCCCUGCGGCUGGGCUGGAGCUGCCCGUGGGGCUCCUUGGGGAUGCAGUGUCCAGAACCUCAGUGGAGGAUGGAUCUGACUGUACCAUGAGUGCUUCUAUGGGGUCUGAUCGGGGUGCCUCCCCUCUGGGCUAUGGGGGGGUUGUGACCCUGCGUCAGAGGAAGAAGGCGGGACAGGGAGCCUUGAGGUUCGUGCGACAGUACCCCUUCGCCUUGCAAGCUCUGUGGUGUCUGCUGAGCGGCAGAACCCUGGUGGUGCUCGGGGCGGAUGAGGGUAUAGUCCGCCGACUGGUUGCCGCUCUGGCCCUCUUUGUGCCUAAUCCUGGGAAGUGUGGAGAGAGGGUUCAGGCCUGGCUGUCCUGCCCCUUCACCCUUACCGACCUGCAGAGGUGGAAACUCGUUGGAUUGCAAAGAGUAGCGUCCCCUGUGGGUUCGAGCAUGCUUUACUCGCUGUCCAGAUACAGCCGCUACAUCUCCAUCCUGGAUGCCGACCAGAAGACCUUGCGCUGUCCGCCGUAUCGAGGUCAACUCCUCGCCAACAUAGCCGACCACCGCACCUACAUCCGCCGUGGCUCCACCUACUUCCUUCACUUACAGAGCACACUCUGUCACCUGGCAGCCAGGGCCUUCCUGUUCACCUUCACCCACCACCUCCACCUGCCGGUCAGCUCCACGGAGGGGCCCGAGGUCGUGGAGGGCCGACGCCUCUGCUUCCUGCAGGAGCAACUGGGGCUUGGAGAGGAGGACAGCCAAAUACUGCUCUACCUCAGCCAGCUCAUCACUCAGCAGUACCUACAGCCGGCCAGCGGGAGCAGAGCAGCACCGACCUGUUUUAGUUUUAACUACACCACCAGCGUUUUAUACAAAAUCUGAUAUCAUUUUGGGACGAGGAUUCCCACAUACGUUUUAGUAAAAAUCAUGUUUUUUAAUGGACCAAAGGCGAUCUUAAAAGGUCCACGGCCAUUUUAGUUUUAGGACAAACUUCUGCUGUUGUUUUAUCUGUGUAAUCUCUCUCCGCCUUGCUGUCUUCUUCUCCGUGCUUUCUCUUUCCUCUGUGUGCAGGAAAAAGGAGUCUGAGUGAGUUGGGAAUGUUACUGAGUGGUUCACUUUGCCUCUAUUUGGUCCAGAGCACGUUGACACUCACAAACACAAAUAACAGAGCAGACGAAGGUCGCCUCUACUUAUUGUCCUAUGAGUCAUUUGUGUGUGUCGCUUGCGCUGGCUUGUUUAAGGUCAGUCACCACCCCUCUCCUCACCCACACACACACACACACACACACACACACACACACACACACACACACACACACACACACACACACACACACACACACACACACUCAAUCCAACAUGGCUGUUUGUCUGUGAAAUCCUAGCUCUGUGAUAACACCUACCAAUCACUGAGCAGUUUGUCAGCUAUGAUAUCAUCUCAGCUAUGUAUAAACAUGUUUUUCAAACCGCCUCACAUAUGCUGACAUUUUCUGCCUGUGGAGAGCAGACGUCUCUCUGAAUCUGUCCGUGAAACCUUCUCAGCACUGCGCAGGCUUGUUACAGCUGGUUUUGUGACAUGCCUCCUUCUCUCUUUGAGAACUAUCACAUAACUUUCAAAGGCCAAAAACCUUUCUGAAUCCUAUCUUUUUUCUUUUAAUAUUUAUUUUGUGAAUCAAUUUUAACUCACUUUCCUGCAGUAAUCUCUAUCACGUUGUUGGAUUGAUGCUCAGUAGAUUUGACUUUUGAGAGCAUGGAGUAAACAUUCCCAACCUUUCAGGUUGCGAUGCAUGAAGAAGUGUGUUUGCUGUGUGAAUUAUGGAUCCAGUCGGCCCCACGUGAUAUUUGCAUGUCCAGAAAUAACAUCACCGCAAUACAUACUCACCCAUGUUGGGCCAGCGGCAGCCAAAACCUGUCACUAUAAUGUGCUGGUGAGCAUUUUAUCGAUAUUACUCACAAGCUCCGGUACAUUUUAAAGCUACUUAACCUAAAUGUAUUGAAUUUCACUGUUGUCUUAAAGUUGUGUGAGGGUGUUGUGGUGUCAGCAUGAGACUGUCUUGUGCCAGGGUGAAUCGCCAUAGUGAUAAUAUUUCUGUCUUGUUGUGUAUUUGGGUGAAUUCGGAGAAGAUUGGAGAGUUUCACAGUUUGGAGAUCUUUUAAGUUCUGUCUCAUGGGCCAGUGAAACAACACUGAACAAGCGUCUCUGAUAGUAUUUUUGAUUUUACUGUUCCUAAUUCUGUGGCGUCAGUGAUGGAGCUGUAAUUUCUGUAUCUAGAAUGGUAACUGUACUUGUGAAAGCAUGGUACGAAUUUUAAUGUGAAAGGUCAAACAAUGUGGGACCAUGGCUACGAACAAGACACUUUUUUUUUUUAAUGGCAUACGCUUUUAACUAACAGCAAGGUCACAUUUUUAAUUCCACCUAAUGUAUUAUUUCAGUUAUUUCUAUUUUGUCAGAGGUUGUUAUUAUUUUGGAACUGCUUGAAUAACACAUUUUACUGCUGAAUUGUUACUUUUUUUUUAAGAAAGAUUUCUGUCCCUCUAAUGCAAAAAGGUGAAUGUAAUCUGAAUAAGCCAUACCACAGUGUGCUUAACACGUCGUCACUCAGUGUCCUUAUGUUGCCAUAUCAUGCCCACCUUUUGUAUCCCAUCACGAGGGAGUGUCGUGCUCACUUCGGCCCUGUGAGGCGUCGCUGUUGCCAGUGAUUUUAAUGAAGCACGUUGUGAAUGUCUUGAUGCUUUUAUGUAAAUGUUGACGAUAUUCAUUUAUUCCAUUAAA